AUGAGCGUCGACGCCGGCCGAGGGCUGCCGGCCACGGACACGUCGUACAGCUCCGACUGGCUUCUCAUCAUCGUCUUCAUCAGCAUCGCCCUCUACAACGUCGUCGAGCUCAACUUUCUCAUCGCCACCACCUUCAAGCGCUUCCGGGGGCUCUACUUUUGGAGCUUUACCUGCUCGACCUGGGGCAUCGCCUUCAACGCCGUCGGCUACCUCCUGCGCCAUGUGCACCCCAACCAGCUCGGCUAUCUGCACGCAACGCUCAUCCUCGUCGGCUGGUGUGCCAUGAUCAACGGCCAGUCGCUGGUGCUCUACUCGCGCCUGCACAUUGUCAUGCACCACCCGCGCCGUCUGCGCUUCGUCCUGGCCAUGAUCAUAUUCGACGCCGUCUGGCUGAGCGUCCCCGUCAUUGUCCUGGUGUACGGGACAAACUCUGGCGACCCGGGCCCGUUUGAGCAGCCGUACUCCAUCUUCGAAAAGCUGCAGUUGAGCGUCUUCUUUGUGCAAGAGGUCAUCAUUUCGAGCCUGUACAUUGUCGAAACCACGCGGCUCCUCAAGAUGCAGCGCGGAAUCGCCUCGUCGUCGAUGCGGCGCGUCAUGGGGCACCUGAUACUCGUCAACGUCUUUGUUGUUCUCCUCGACGUCAGCAUCCUCUGCCUGGAGUUCACCGAGCACUACAACCUGCAGACGGCGUGGAAGGCGCUGGUGUACAGCGUCAAGCUCAAGUGCGAGUUCAGCGUGCUCAACCGCCUGGUCGAGUUCUCCCAGCACCUGCGGGCUGGCCACGACGUGUCCUCGGUCAACUACGAUGCGUCGACCGACGUGGCCCUGGAGCGCUAUCUGAGGAAUGCGUCGCAGGCACCCGCCGGCGCCGAGUACAGCAUGCAAGUCACGGCAGAGCGACCCUGCGAGAACGGCCCUCCGGAGAUUGUCAAGACGACGGCCGUCACGGUCAGUCGCAGCGGGAGGUCGGCGCCCCCGACUCGCCCGUCUACGGCGGCAGACAGUUCGCUGGGAGGCUGCGCAGCCGACGAGAUGCACGACGCCGACGGCACCUCGUCGCUGUCGUCGGAAGCACGGCUGGCGCGGCCAUGA